AUGCAGACAAACUUUCUUUCCCAGCAAUUUAAUGCUGGUUCUUUGGCAGAAAACUCCACGGCUUGUCCAGCAAAUGCUACUAUUUGUGAUGGCACCUCUUGUGUAUUGACAGGAGAUAAUUUUAAUCACACUUUGAGCGUAGUUUUAAGUACUGUUCUAACAAUCAUGCUGGCUUUGGUGAUGUUCUCCAUGGGCUGCAAUGUGGAAAUUAAGAAUUUCUUGGGCCACAUAAAAAGACCCUGGGGUAUAUUUGUGGGUUUCCUUUGCCAGUUUGGAAUUAUGCCUCUCACAGCCUUCUUGCUCUCUUUGGCCUUUAACGUCCUUCCAAUUCAAGCUGUCGUGGUGAUGAUCAUGGGAUGCUGUCCAGGGGGCACAGCCUCGAAUGUCAUUGCCUACUGGGUGGAUGGAGACAUGGACCUAAGCAUCAGCAUGACAACUUGCUCCACACUGCUUGCAAUGGGAAUGAUGCCACUUUGUCUCUUUAUUUACACCAAAAUGUGGACUGAUGCUGAUGCAAUUGUACUCCCCUAUAACAGCAUUGGACUUUCUCUGGUAGCUCUUAUAAUUCCUGUUUCGUGUGGAAUAUUUAUCAACCACAAAUGGCCUAGUAAAGCAAAAAUCAUACUUAAGGUAGGUUCCAUUGUUGGAGCAGUGCUCAUCGUGCUCAUUGCUGUGGUUGGGGGAAUACUCUACAAAGGCUCCUGGGUUAUCACACCAAAAUUAUGGAUCAUUGGCACCAUAUUUCCAGCGGCUGGCUAUACUUUAGGAUUCUUUCUGGCUCGUCUAGCUGGUCUGUCUUGGAACAGGUGUCGUACAGUGUCUCUGGAAACAGGCAUGCAAAACACUCAGCUAUGUUCCACUAUAGUACAGCUCUCAUUCACUCCUGAACAACUUGAACUGAUGUUUACUUUCCCACUCAUCUACAGCAUUUUCCAGCUGUUGUUUGCGCUACUAAUUUUAGGAGGCUACCGUCUUUACAGAAGACACCAUGUCAAAACAAAGACAGACAUUGAGAAAACAGCACAAAAAGAGGAUUCAAAAUCAAGUGCUAAAAUAAAUGGAGGAUUUGUAUCAGACGAGAUGAAAUAG